GAGUAGGCGACAGGACUGCUGUUGUCAUCUGAGACGCGCUUUGUGACAUGAUCAUGAUUGACCGCGUUGAAACUUCGUCGGACCGCAUCCGCAAUAAUCACUCGCAGAAUGGAGUCAUUCAGCCUCUGCUCACAGACAUGUACCAGAUAAAUAUGGCCUAUGCCUAUUGGAAAUCAGGCAAGCAUGAUGAUACAGCUGUAUUUGACCUCUUCUUUCGUAAGAACCCCUUCCAUGGGGAGUUCACCAUCUUUGCAGGACUCGAAGAAUGUCUUAAAUUCUUAGAGAACUUCACAUACUCGGAAUCAGAUAUUCAGUACCUGAGGGAGACAAUGCCCGAGACGGUAGAGCCGGAGUUCUUCGACUAUUUGGCCAGUGUGACUACCAAAGAUGUGAAAGUGUAUGCCAUUGAUGAAGGCAAAGUUGUAUUUCCAAGAGUUCCAUUGCUGGUGUUAGAUGGUCCUUUGAUUGUCAUUCAACUCUUGGAGACGACACUACUCACCCUCGUGAAUUAUGCCAGCUUGGUGGCCACAAAUGCUGCACGAUACAGAAUGGCUGCUGGUCGCAAGAUCAAGCUGUUGGAGUUUGGUCUGAGGAGAGCUCAAGGACCAGAUGGAGGCCUCACUGCAUCAAAAUAUGCCUAUGUCGGUGGCUUUGAUGGGACAAGCAAUGUUUUGGCAGGCAAACUUUAUAAUAUUCCUGUCAAGGGGACACACGCACAUUCUUACGUCUCGUCGUAUUCUUGUCUUGAAGAUCUCCAUUCAGAGUUUCAGACACUAAAACACAAGGAGACUGGAGCAGUGAUGAACCUGAAGGAUGUAUCACUGGCUUGGAGAAGUCUUCUGGCCGACAAAUUAAAUAUUCUCCAAUCGGAAGCCUCGGAUGGAGAGCUGGCAGCCUUUAUAUCAUUUGCUAUUGCAUUUCCAUCUGGAUUUAUUGCACUCAUUGACACAUACGAUGUGCUCAAGAGUGGAAUUCUCAACUUCUCUGCUGUAGCUCUAGGGCUCAAUGACUUGGGUUAUAGAGCCCUUGGUAUAAGAAUUGACUCGGGAGAUCUUGCAUAUCUCAGUUGUGUGGCCAGAUCAACAUUUGCAACUAUUGCAAAGUCAUUUGAACUGGAUUGGUUUGAACAUUUAUCAAUUGUGGCCAGUAAUGACAUUAAUGAAGAAACAAUCAUCAGUUUGAAUGAACAAGGGCACAAGAUAGACUGCUUUGGCAUUGGCACACAUUUGGUAACCUGCCAGCGACAACCUGCCUUGGGUUGUGUCUUCAAGUUAGUGGAGAUCAAUGGGGAAGCGAAGAUAAAGCUCUCACAGGAUGUUGAGAAGGUCACAUGUCCGGGGAAGAAAGCUGUUUAUAGAUUAUAUGGUUCUGAUGGUCAUGCACUGAUAGACCUGAUGCAUCGGACCUCGGAAUCGGCUCCGAAAUGUGGCAGCAGAGUUCUUUGUCGACACCCAUUCCAGGAGAGCAAACGAGCAUAUGUCAGUCCUGCUAAAGUGGAGUCUUUGUUCAAACUGUAUUGGAAAGAUGGUAAAAUCCAACAAGACUUGCCAAAUCUGGAGGAAAUCAGGGACCGCGUGACGGAGUCACUGCAGACACUGAGGCAGGACCACAAGCGUAACCUCAACCCUACACCUUAUAAGGUUGGCGUUACAGAUGACCUGUACAAUUUCUUACAUGACCUGUGGCUUCAGAAUGCACCCAUUGGCGAGCUGUUUUAGGGGUUGAUGUGGUAAUUGCAGUACUGAAGAGAUGGUGCACCUCUUUGUCAACUACUGCGUGCAUAAUACAGUAGUGGGAACUAAACUGCAACUACCUUGGCUAAUUUCUCCUGGUAAACUUGAAGAUGGAGCAAUACACACAAUGAAAUCACAACAAUGUGAUGCAUCUAUGGGGGAAAUGUUGCAGCUGUGUACGGGUUUGAGCCCAUUGUACAGCCUCAAUGUUUUUCUUGCUUGUUAUUUUUUGUGCUUUAUUCUGAUUUUAUCGUGGAAUAAAAGCUUUAGAGUAGCCAUAAUUGUAAUUAUUGUACUUAUGUAUUCAAGACUGAUAAUUUUACAAUAAGUAAUUUACAAGUUUACUUUAGUAAAAAAAAUAUUUUUUAACCGUAUUUUCUAUUUUAUUUGUAUUUAAUUUUAAAGUAAACAAAUAAGUUUUAUACAAAUUAUGUGCAGCACUUAGGUAUGAUGAGAAGGUGAUUGAUGCCUCGUAUGGCUUAACACAGUCAAUGUUUGUUUGGAGGGUAAUUUAGUACAGCUUUUGAAUUCCAUUUUCAAACAUUCUAUUUAAUUGAAUUAGAAUUUGAUCGAUAGCUGUGAAGAGGAAAUUUGAGUAGUCACCAGGUAUAUUACAUUUCCAAAUAUCCUAUGAAAAUAUCUGUUGUUUGGAUUUUUGUCUCCAUAGCCUCUGUCUGAGCUUGAUAGGCCUGGGUUAUAUUUUGAAGACGUACUGCCUGUACUAAACCUCAGUCUUGUGGUAUUAGGCAUUAUCACAGAUGUACUACAUCUACUAAACUGAUCACAGAGAUGUGCUGCACGUACUAAACCUCAGUCUUGGGGUGUUAGGCAUUAAUCACAGAGAUGUACAAAUUAGUCAGUACUAUUUUCUUCCACAUUCUAAGGUUACGUGAAAGAUAUUUCUUAAAUUAUAAAAUGUUUGUAGUUGUAAGGACCUAGAUACUGUAUUAUAUUUACUAGUCUGAUGUUGAUAUAGUAGUGCCCAGUAAUAUUUAGCAAAUAAUAUCAGACAGAAUGAAAUAUAAAUAAGUUAGCUUUCCUUCAGUAGUGAAGUCUGUUUGUAAAGCUUUAUCUGAAGUUUUAGUAUUUGUUAACCAGUUAUAGAAUAUUGCUUACAUUUAAUGCCAUGUUACAUGUGGUAGAACAAUUUAGAACCUAUUGCAGAGAAUAAGUCACAAUAACAUGACUGAAACAAUGUAACCCACACAUGAAAUGUCAAGGUUUCAGUCUGUCUUGGAUCCUUAAUUAUAUUCAGUUGUGUCACGACUUUUUAAAGGUCCACGACAAACCGAAAUAUUGUCACUUUAAUUUAAUUUCAUGUGUGUUGGUUGGGUUAUCCGAAAGCAUUGUUAGAUGUUGAAAAAUCACUGUUAUUAUUGUAGUUAUGUUAUUUAAUUAUGUUUCUUGUUUGUUCUGAAGGAUUUCUACAACAGAUGAUUAAUAUACUGUACUGUAGUAGAUUUGUUAUGUAAAUGUUCCACAUUAAUACUUGUUAAUCAUUAUUUUAAAUCUGUAAUUUAAUUUUAAUGUUUACUGAAAUACAAAGUAUUCUUUUA